UUGUGGCGUUUUCCAGGGUGGCGAUGUAAGUCGCUGGAUCUAGAAAGUCGCAAGCGAUAUGAAGAGCUUCGGAUAGACAUUCGAAAAUUAGGCGGACGAAUUGUAGACACAAUAAACGAGGACAAAUUGCCUUUUGUUGUUAUAUCUGACCAUCCAACUGCUACUCGAUUAGAAAUGAUGAAAGGGAUCUACACCAAGAAUACACGCAUUGGAGACCUACCUCUGCUCUUAAAAGAGGCCGUACGUUGCCAUGUCAAAGUGCGAUCGUAUGUGACAUUUCAAGAGCAAUUCACACGGUUCAAAGCACGGAUUCGUGCUGCGAAAUCGUUAUCGAACGCGCCGCAGAAAAGGGUCUCCAAAGUGGAAGAGGUGCAGAGAGGAAAAAAGGUACGAAGGUUAAGGAAACCGUUCAUCAAAUGGCAGGAUAGUCGAAAAGUUCAUGCUCCAUCAUACAAGGAGUGUUCCACGCCGCGAUGGACCACGGUGUAUUUCGGGCCGGCUGCUGGAAACUGUGUAUUUCGCCGUGUGACAGCCGAGCAACUGGAGAAGAGAAAACAAAGAGAAAAUGAGGCAUUGAUUGAAGAAGAUUCUGAUCCGCCUAGUUCACCCGGUAGAGAAAGAAGUGCUAAGUCCGGGAAGUCAGUGAAGAUGAAUCGCACCGUGAAGACUCCAACGAACAAGUUUUGUGAUCUGUGCGGUAAAACUUUCGAGGAUAUGGAACAGCACUACGAGUCCAGGGAACAUGCAGUGACUGCAACGCGCCCUGGUGUUUAUGAUGAGGUCGAUAUGUGCACGGGAGCUGUUGUUGAUUAUGUGAUUUGUCCCGCUGCGCCAUCAUUUGUACGAAUGCCAGAAAUAGUCCCCGACGAAGACGAACCGAUCUUUCCAUUUGAUAGCACAUGGGAGUACGAGUAUAGUGAAGGCAACUAUCAGUGUACUUUGCUGAAUACGAGGUCUUAA